AUGUACCUGUGAUUGAAAAAUAAAACAAAACUAACAUUAAAACAUAAGGAUGUGUAAGUUUAUUGACAAUCCUUUGACUGCAAUAGUAUUUGAAUAGCACUGACCUAGGACUAUGAAAGAAAGUGGUUUAGUAAAUUGAGAGUUUCUGAAACAAUAACUGAAGUCAUUCAUGUUUACAUUUUAAGUUGUUUAAUCAUUUUGUACUGAUGAGUUUCUACUGAUCAAUUUUCUACCAAGUGGUUGCUUACACAUUUUAGGUUAGUAUUAAAAAUGUAUUUUUCGGGGUACCUGGGUGGCUCAGUCAGUUAAGCGUCCGACUUCACCUCAGGUCAUGAUCUCACGGUUUAUGAGCCCUGCAUUGGGCUCUGUGCUGAUAGCUCAGAGGCUGGAGCCUGCUUUGGAUUCUGUGUGUUUUUCUCUGCUCCUCCCCUGCUUGUGCUCUCUCUCUCUCAAAGAAUAAAUAAACAUUUUUAAAAAAUGUAUUUUUCUUCACAGCAUGAAAGUAGAUGGAAAUUAAAGAUGGAAACAGACUUUUCUCCUCAGAAAGGGUUUAUAGAAUCAACUUGCAGGGUGUCUGGUGGCUCAGUUGGUUAAGCAUCCGAUUUCAGCUCAGGUCAUGAGCUCGAGGUCCGUGAGUUCGAGACCUGCAUUGGGCUCUGUGCCAACAGCUCAGAACCUGAGACCUGCUUCGGAUUAUGUGUCUCCCUCGCUCUCUGCCCCUCCCCCACUCAUGCUCUGUCUCUCUCUCAAAAAUAAACAUUAACAAAAACUUUUUAAAAGAAAUGCAAGAAAAUUAGUUAAAAAAACCUUGCAAAAAUGUAAGAGGCAGGAAGAGUAAAAUAUUUUCUUUCAUCAUUCUUAGAUUCUUUGCUAGAUUGUAAACUCCAUGAAAGCAGGAAAACUUCCUUAUCUGUAAUGCCUGGCUUAGAGUAGAUACUCAAAAAUAUGUGAAGUGAAACCUCCAUUAGAUAUUUUUUUAAGUUCCUGGAAAAUGGCACCCUUUUUAAUGGCAUUUUGGCAAGACAUUUACAUGUAAUAAUUGGGACUUAAAUUUUGCCUCUGAUAAAAAAUGUAUAUAUAGGUACAUUGUAUAUAUAGGUACAUCUGGGUACCAGUGAGUCUACCUAAAAGUCUUAAUACUUGGGGUGCCUGGCUGGCUUAUUGGUAGAGCAUGCUGCUCUUGAUCUUAGUGUCGUGAGUUCAAGACCCAAGCUGGGUGUAGAGAUUACUUUGAUUAUGAUGCUUGAUCCUUUAACGGUCAAUGAAGAAUGGCUGCCAAAACAAACUGGGUUUGAGGAAUAAUUAUAUAAAAGCUUAUAUUUAUGUAUGUAUGUAUGUUUAUUUAUUUUUCUGAGAGAGAACCAGCAGCAAAGGGGGAGAGAAAGGGGGACAGAAGGUCCAAAGUGGGCUCUGAGCUGACAGUAUAGAGUCCAGUGCAGGGCUUGAACUCGAACCAUGAGAUUAUGACCUGAGCUGAAGUCGAUUGAAGUCUUAACCGACUGAGCCACCCAGGCACCCCAAAAGCUUACUGAUAUUUAAUAGGAUAUCUUUUAUUAUGAGCAUUUUAUUUAUAGCCUUAAUUGGACAUUUAUCAUUGAUUUAAGUUUUACAGAGCACUCAGGUAUGGUUAAAAAGUCAUUAUUUCUGCUUUAUAGUUAAUGUUGAAAUACUUAUAAUUGUUUUGGCUAAAUUAUACUGUAAAGAAUUUUUUGCCCUACAUAGUAUAUUUAUAUCCCUGAGGAUAUAUUUUACUUGCAAGGGAUAUAACAUACAAAUUCAGGUAUUGGAAGUCUAGUACUUAUCCCUGUGAUUUGAAAUGGGAUUUAAUACUCAUACUAGAAUUAUAGAAAUGGUAUGUCACUAUAAUAACUUGUUAGAAUUUGAAAUCUAAUUUUUAGAUUAGGAUUCUUCCAUUAAAAUGAAUAUAAGUAUCAAAUUAGUUUAGAGUAGAUCAUGCUAACAUUCUAAGAUUCAAUGAUAACAGGAGAGAUUACUAUUUUGAAAUUUUUAGAGCAAUGUGGUAUAUACUCCGUAUAGCUGAUAGAUACUUAAUAUCUACCCAAGAUCAAUAUCAAACUUUAUGAUAAAAAAAUCAUUUUUGAAACGUGAAGAUAAUCUGUAAUUAAAUGGUAUAAAUAAUGCGUAAGCACAAAUUAUAGAGUUUAUCCAGAUCCUUAUAUUAGGAAGAAUGGAUCAAACAUCUAUAAAUGAAAAGCAAAACUUUAAACCUAUAGAAAAACAAGGAAUAUGAUGACAUUGGAAUAGACUUAAGCACCAAAAGGAAAGAUUGAUAAAUUCGUAUAUAGUAAAAUUAAAACUUAGGUUUACAUACCAUGUAAUCAACAAAGGACUCCAAAGAAAUAUAGAAAUGAUCAAAGGAUAUGAAUGAGUAAUUCACAGAUGAGGAUCUCUGAGUAGUCAGUCACCUGAAAAGAUGCUUAAUCUCACUAAUAAUCAAAGAAUUGGCAUGUUAAAACAUUGAGAUGCCAUUUUACUGCCAUCAUAAGGGCAAAAAUGAAAACAAAACCAGAAAAAUGACACUUGCAUAUGUUGCUGAGUCUGAAGCAGUGUGCUCUCGUUUUUGCUGGUGGUAGUGAAAUUUAUUUGAAGUUGAUUAUACGCAAAUCCAGUCUCUGGGUAUUAUGUUCUAUAGGAAUUCUUGGCAUGUGUAUUCAAGAAGACAUGUAUAGAAAGUUUAUUGAAGUAUUGUUUUUAAUUUUAAAAACCUGGAAGAAAUGUCCAUUAGAAGAAUGGAUAAACUGUGGUAAAUUUUUAGAAUUUGGCUGUUAAAAUGAAUUAGUGAAAGGUAUGUGUAUUAACAUGACUACAUGUCAAAAACAGUUAAUAAAAUAGCAAAGUGAUGCAUACUAUGAUAAGUAGUUUUAGGACAUGCAAAAUAAGAUUUUAGUAGUUUAAGGACAUGCAAAACAAGAUUGAUAUAUACAUAUAUACUAAAAGUAUAAAAGCAUGCAUGAGAAUGAUAAAUACCAAAAUCUGGCUUGUUUACCUCUGGAGAGGUAGAAGAAAAUGGGGAGGCUUCAGUUAUAUUUAUAAUAUGUUACUUCAUUUAAAAGAAAAUCAAAUGUGAGAAAGAUUUCAGUUUAUUAAAGCUGCAUGAUGGUCAUUUGUCACAUUUUUUGUAUGCUUGAUAUUUAAUAAUAAAAACCAAUAUUUAAAAAAAAAUUUAAUGUUUAUUUUUGAGAGAGAGGGACAGAGUAUGAGUGGGGGAGAGGCAGACACAGAAUCCAAAGCAGGCGCCACGCUCUGAGAGGUCAGCAGAGAGCCUGAUCUGGGGCUCAAACUCACAAACCGGGAGAUGAUGACCUGAGCUGAAGUCUGAUGCUUAAUUGAGCCAUCCAGGAGCCCUCCAGAAAAGAGCCAGUGAAGGCAGUGAAAGGUUUGCCAUAACAAGAGGACACAAUGCCACUAAGAAGGAGGCUUUUAGCCAAAUGGGUUGGAAAUGUGAAACUGACUCUAGAGGAAAUUUGAGACUGACUUUGAAACUGACUUAGUUUUGAAACCCUAAGGUUUGGGGAAUCAAUGGUCUUGAUGAAGAAGCAGGAAGAGAUCAUGUUGCAGUACAAAGGUAAGUUAGAUCACAAAGUUAGGUAUUGGUUGAAUUUGAAUGCUUUGUGUUUUCUAACUUUAGAUUCUACACUUUUGUAGUAUAUUUGGCAUAAUUAAAAUCAGGAAAUGCAUAAACUGCUCAGAUAUGCAAAAGAGAUGUUAGGGGUUUACACAUGAACACCCACUUUUGUUUGAAUCCAGUUUGUACACCAGAAUUAAGUUACCACUGUAAACUCUCAGACGACAUUUUAGGAAAUGUAUAUAAAGGCCAAGAGGACCCUUUCUAAUUACUGUGAACAAGUUGGAAGUAGACAGAAAACUAGCCAAAAGUUGUGUAAUUAGGAUAGGUUUUGUUUGAAGAAGAAAGGGUUAGUAUUAGAGAUUUACAACCCAUAAAGGGGUUUACAGGGCUUUGGUGUCCAUUGUGUAGUAUCUGUUACUACACAUUAUGCGGACAGGUGGCUGCAAAAGACAGCAUUAAGGCUUGUAUUCUGAGGACCCCUCAAGCCCUCUUCAGCUUAGUUUCUAAUAUGAAUUCCAAUAGGCUUCUAUAGAUUGAGCAGAAGACCACGCAGGUUACACAGAACAGAAAAGAAAUUGGCAGGUGACAGCAUUAGGGUAAAACAGGCACAAACAUUUAAAUAAUUAAAAGUAGGUCCAGGAGAGCACACAGGUAGAUCACCUCAAAAAAGCUGUGACCCCUGAUCCUCUCCCUUCAUUUCAGGCCCUGUAAUAAAUGUUGGUAACAUCAUAAACUAAGGAAAAGUUCUAUUUUUAAAUGUAUCUAGAAGAUAUGUGAAAGCUAUAAAGAUCCCUGUACCAAGAUGGAUAAAAAGUAAAAUGGCAGAACUAGAAUGUGGAGGUGAUAGCUAUCCAAUUACGGGCAUCACAUUUCCGGGACUUUUUCCUACUUAGGAAGUAUGUGCUGCCCAGCCUGUCAUCCCCGUGUUUCUAGGACAAACACGCCUGUGUACUCAGAGGUUCUGUUAGCUUCUCAACUGCCUCUCGCCCCCCUGCCUGCUGUUACCUGGGGAGACUGACCUCAGCUGUUACACCCAGGAGGGCUAGGAUGUUAACUCUUCUGCCAUUCGAGGGCAGUGAAGGGAACUCAAUGGCUGUAUCCAUUGGGCUCCCAAGCGGGAAACCUAGACCACACUACGUGAGACUCGCACCCUCACAGCGCCUGAUAUGCGCCUGCACCGGGAAUACGUACCCAACCAAGUCUGGGUGCCACAGCCUGACCGGUCCCAGGAUCCCGAGCCGUACGAAGCCCUGUGCCCAGUACCCGGCAGGCUCCGGGGCAACCCCGCGCGUGCGCUCUCAGAUGUAGUAAGAGCCGCAGGGCGAGCCCUCCCUACAGUAGUUGUGGAAUUGUGGCGGCAACGGUGUUUUCCCGCGCUUUAUCUGGGCGCCUCAGGAUUCUUUUCAGCAUCUGGAGACCUCACUUUCUAUUAUGUCUUUGUGUGAAGACAUGCUGCUUUGUAAUUAUCGCAAGUGUCGUCUCAAACUCUCUGGUUAUGCGUGGGUCACUGCCUGCUCUCACAUCUUCUGUGAUCAGCAUGGCAGUGGUGAGUUUAGUCGUUCACCAGCUAUCUGCCCUGCCUGCAACAGUACCCUUUCUGGAAAGCUAGACAUUGUCCGCACAGAACUCAGUCCAUCAGAGGAAUAUAAAGCCAUGGUAUUGGCAGGACUUCGACCAGAGAUUGUGUUGGACAUCAGCUCCCGUGCACUGGCCUUCUGGACGUAUCAGGUACAUCAGGAGCGUCUCUAUCAAGAAUACAAUUUCAGCAAGGCUGAGGGCCAUCUGAAACAGAUGGAGAAGAUAUACACUCAGCAAAUACAGAGUAAGGAUGUAGAAUUGACCUCUAUGAAGGGGGAAGUCACCUCCAUGAAGAAAGUGCUAGAAGAAUAUAAGAAAAAGUUCAGUGACAUCUCUGAGAAACUUAUGGAGCGAAAUCGUCAGUAUCAAAAGCUCCAAGGCCUGUAUGAUAGCCUUAGGCUGCGAAACAUCACGAUUGCUAACCAAGAAAGUAUGCUGGAACCAUCCAUGGUUGCACAAUCUGGUGUUUUUGGCUUUCCAUUAGGGAACAACUCCAAGUUUCCUUUGGACAGUACACCAGUUCGAAAUCGGGGUGGUGGAGAUGGAGAUUUUCAGUUCAGACCAUUUUUUGUGGCUUCUCCCACAGCACCUGAACCCAGCAACAGCUUUUUUAGUUUUGCCUCCCCAGGUCGUGAAGUAGAGCAGCAGCAAAUCUCUAGCAGGGCCUUUAAAGUGAAAAGAAUUUAGCUCAUUUUACACAAUGUUUCUCUUAUCACUUUCAGUGGUCUCAUUUAGCAAAUUACCUUUAUUCUAGUUAGGGUAGGAGUCCCCAUCAUUGUGCUGUUAUAUUUUUAUGAGAGACUCAGUGUCUGUAGGAAUGGCUUUAGAGUCUAGUUUCUUUUUCUGUUUCCAUUAUUUAAGACAUGAGCAUUAUAUUAAACUCAAUUUUAUUGUGAACUGUUAAGUUUUCACCAGCAAUGAAAAGGGUAUAAUAUUUUUGACUGUUUUGUGGAUCACCAUUUGUUUUCUUUCUGGACUACAUGCUUAUUUAUGAUGUAUUUGUAUAUAAGCACUGUGGUAUAUGUCUACAUGUCACUUUGGGUUCUGGCAUUUAUGCAUAUAUGUAUAUAUGUGUUCCUUUAUAUUGGUAUUUUGCUGUGUUUGCCAGUGUAUUUAUAAGAAGAUUUUGGUCUCUGGAAAUGGCAGGUGAAUCUGUAGCUCGUUAUUUGGCCAUGUAUAUCUAUUUGUAUAUAUUUAUUUAUUUGCCCUUGUGUUAGUUUGUGGAGGUGUGUUCAUGUCAGUGAAUGAGAGUACAAUUUGAUGCAUAUAUAUGAAGUCUUAUAUUUCUUUUUUAAAAUGAUUCAUAUUGAUAAAGUUAUUUUGUAAAGUUGAUUUUUGGCAUUUAUUUUAAAAUGAAAUUACUUUUUCUUUACCCUUUUGCCAGCAGUUGCCUUGGGCCUACUUACGCAGAAAAUUUAAACAAUAUAUUAUUGAUCUCAAGAGAUUAUAUUAAUUAAAAUACUUUUAAAGAUUUA